GUAAUCUCAAAUCACUCUCAAAGAUGGCCAAGACUAGUGCUUGCAGUUAUCCUUCUCUUUUCUUGAUCUUUUCCAUUCUAUUCACUUCACACUUCUUCCUUGGCUCUGAGGCACAAACCAAGCCCCCAGUUGUGGAGGGACUGUCCUUUUCUUUCUACUCCAAAACAUGUCCCAAGCUUGAAACUGUUGUGAGAAACCAUCUCAAGAAGGUCCUCAAGAAAGAUAAUGGCCAAGCUCCUGGCUUACUCCGCAUCUUCUUCCACGAUUGCUUUGUUCAGGGGUGUGAUGGGUCAGUGCUGCUGGAUGGGUCACCAGGGGAAAGGGAUCAACCAGCCAACAUAGGCAUAAGACCUGAGGCCUUGCAAACUAUUGAGGACAUCAGGGCUCUUGUCCAUAAGCAGUGUGGAAAGAUCGUCUCUUGCGCAGAUAUCACUAUCUUAGCAUCUCGUGAUGCUGUUUUCCUAACAGGAGGUCCGGACUAUGCAGUUCCAUUAGGAAGACGUGACGGAGUAAGUUUUAGCACAGUCGGAACACAAAAACUCCCAUCACCAAUCAACAACACCACUGCAACCCUAAAAGCUUUUGCGGAUCGAAACUUCGACGCGACUGACGUUGUCGCCUUAUCAGGUGCCCACACCUUUGGUCGCGCCCACUGCGGUACAUUCUUCAACAGGCUCUCCCCUCUCGACCCCAACAUGGACAAAACCCUAGCAAAAAACCUCACUGCCACGUGCCCAGCUCAAAACUCGACCAACACUGCAAAUUUAGACAUCAGAACCCCCAAUGUGUUUGAUAACAAGUACUACCUCGACCUCAUGAACCGCCAAGGCGUGUUCACCUCUGAUCAGGACUUGCUCUCAGAUAAGAGGACAAAAGGGUUGGUGAAUGCUUUUGCAGUGAAUCAGACAUUGUUUUUUGAGAAGUUUGUGGAUGCUGUUAUCAAGUUGAGUCAGUUGGAUGUUUUGACGGGAAACCAAGGUGAGAUUCGUGGAAGGUGCAAUGUGGUGAAUAGUAACAAAAAAUCUUCUUUGUUGGCUUCUGUGGUGGAAGAUGUAGUGGAGUUUGCUGAUCAGUUUUAAUUAAAUGGAGCUUUAACUGCUUCGUUUCUUAUUUUGUGUUGUUGCUGUUUGCUAAUUCCUACUAAAUGUUUCUUUAAGAUAUGGUUGUUAUGUAUGUUGGACCUUUCUAAUGUUUCUAAUUUGAGGCAUUACUCGUGUAGUGUAAUAAAAAUAAUUUAUGACGCA